CAACCUAUAUGGCUGUGGAAGUACACCGUCCGUCUUGCUUUGGGAGCAUGGAGUACCACUCCAACUUCGGGCGUGGAAUGCCGCCCCAGGGCUAUGGCUACAACCCUUCUGGGGCCUACCACCAGCAGGGCUACAUGGGCCCGCCCAUUAACGACUACGCGCGGCAACACCUGCCCUUGCAUCUGCAAAAUGGCUACCGAGGACAGCCUGGAGUGCCGCUGCACUCGCGGCAAGCCUACGGCAGCUAUGCCAGCGGGCCGUAUGCACCACAGGGACGGCCUCAGCACCAGUACAAGGCCCACCACGGUCACAAGAGGCAUCGGGGUCAGGACGGGGCGCCUCGGCUUCAGGAGCUGCGCAGCGACAACGCCAAGAAGGCUCGGGCGCACUACCAAGAGAUUCCUGACACGCCGGGCGUACCACGUUCCGUGCCUCGCGCUCCCAACAACAACGAUGGCAUUCUGCUGGCGCCAGGUUCCACGCAACUCCUGCCGCCUGGCUCGCACAUUUCCGAGGGAACGCUGCACGCAGUGACGCCAAGCGCGUUACCCGGAGGCGAGGCGCAGCUGUGGAAGAACAGCUAUGGCAACGCUGACAAGGAGGCGGUUGCGCUGGCCGCCGCCGCGGGCCUGGACUUCCUGGGCUCGUUCUACGGCGCCGGGGACGACGACCUCACCGGCGACGAGUUCGACCUCGGCGGCGGCUCCGACCACGACACGGACGCGGCGGCUGCGGCUGACGGCGGUGUGGGGGGUGACGUGCCGCCACCCACGCACGACGAGGAGGCGACAUACCCGGCCAGCGCGCGGCGCACGAUCGCCGCGCAGUCGGCCACCAUCGCUGAGCUGGAGGAGGAGAAUCUUACACUUCGCGAAAAGAUCUAUCUGCUGGAGACGCAGCUUCGGGAGGCGCAGACGGCGGUACUACAGCGGGUGCCAUCUGGACACAGCGGCGACGCAGAUUCGGAGGCGGCGGCUGCAGACGGCCCCGCCACGUCGUCAUCAAGCUGAGGCUUAAGGCGUGCGCAGCUCAGGCCGGGCUGCGUGUUCAUUAGGUUGACUACAGUACCAAGCUUGCUGGACGCCGGACAACUGACUACCUGCUACGAACGGCCAAGAAGAGACAACCACUGCUAGACGGGUCAAGCGCGAGGGUUGCAUUGCACGUGCAUGUAUGCAUGGCCACAGCUUAUUACGUAGCAGUAGCAAUGCCUCACAAGUGUGCAUCUAGGAUGGAGCCGCCCGGCGGCAUGGCGUCUGUUUGGCUAGAUAUGAAUUUUAGGCAGCAUCGAGAGACGUAGCAGCAGGCAGUCAUGAUAGUUGUGAUGGUAAAUUGAUUUUGUUCGUUUGUCCAGCUCCGCUCUCCCGAUAGGCAACCCCUGUUCCCCGUCAUCACCUGACCCGCCUCGCUCGCAGCAGACGCCCGCUUCCGCGCGCUGCAAACUGCACCUGGCGCCUCGGGCGCCGAGCCGAGCCCCUCACCUCCGGUGGUGGACACCACCGUAAUGCCGGUACGGCAUAAAGGUGAGCACACCCGUUCCGAAUGGACCAUUUUCGAGCGCUCAUCCCGCUCCGGUUCACCUCGGUUUACCUCGGUGUGCGCCUGCCUAGUCCAUGGCACGGCUCUCACAGGCACGCAUGGCCACUUCGGGCCUCUCGCGUCAGCCUAGUCCGCAUUUGCACAACCGGGCCGGUUCGCGGGCUGUCUUGCACCGAACGGGCAACGUCACGUCUCGGGUUGGAAUGGUUGGACAGUGGGGGAGCUGCAGCCCAUAUUCUGACGCGUGGUUGUGUUCGUGCUUGUACAAAAGACCCCUUGUACUCUGUGGCUGCCGGCUGCCAUAAGUCGUUGCUCUCGCCGGCAGGCCUGACUCGCACACUGGCGCGGAACGCCCCGCCGCGGCUGAGGCCCACGACCUCCGGGCUCGUCCAUUGACCGCUUCCGGUGAGAGUUCCAUGUGUGAACCUUCUGCAAUGCGCAUGAAUGAGAUAUCCAUUGUAAUCUAGUCAUAAAGAGCAUGACGGGAGGCAUACGGCGCUUGUUAAGUGCAACUCGACAGAGCAGGAUGCAGCAGCAUAGUAGUUCCGGUGUACGGCCGAGACCACGCAGCAGGUGGGGCGGCGAGCAUAUUGUUUACGGCCUGCCAAUGCUUCGGGGCAUCCGCGCCGUACCAUGCCGCUUCAGACACCGCACAUCACGAACGCCGCUGCGUCUGGGUAAGUAUACCCGUCCGCCUCAGCCCUUGUCAGUGACAAGGCACUGUAGCCUCAGGUACAACAACAACAGGACAGCAGCAGGUUGUGUGGCAAGAUUGGGCAGGGUUUCACCUGCGUCUGAUAGUUUAUGGAGAUACUCCUGCGUUAGAAGAUGGGCUAGCCAGUGGUGCGGAGCCAAUGGUGCAGCUGUGGGGCGGAGUGGCGGCUCGACGUUUCAUUGUAGGCGGUAACUACGGUUGCACCGGACUGCACACUGCCAGGCCCCUGCCACCUGUAACCCUAUGUUUGC